AAUUAUUUAGCUUUUCAUUUUCGUCUGUGGAUGCUGAUCAUGCUGAUCGUCUGUGGCCAGUACUCAAUUAACUCGAGCUAAAUGGAACUGUUUUAAAUCGAAAUAAAAUGCAGCGAUCAGUACAAGAAAUCCCGAGCAAGUAUCGACACAUAUUCGAAAAAUUUGCUAAUUUUAAUCGAAUGCAAUCGGAAAUAAUCGAUAAAGUUCUUCAAACAGAUAAAUCGAUUGUGGUGAGCGCCCCAACAGGGUCUGGAAAGACUGUAAUUUUGGAACUGGCAAUCGUUCGAUUGCUGAGAAAAAUCGACGAGGCCGCCAACAAAGACGAAUUUAAGAUAAUUUACAUUGCGCCAAUCAAAGCCCUGUGCAAUGAAAUUACCGCUGACUGGAAAUUAAAAUUUGAUCAACUGGGUGUGCUCUGUGGAUCGGUAACGGGUGACGAUAACGAUUUUGAUUUGAACACAUCAAAGUUUAGCAUUAUUGUCACAACGCCGGAGAAAUUUGAUUCAUUGAGUCGGAAAUGGAACGCUUGUGAUUAUAUGAGAGCCAUCAAGUUGCUGAUGAUUGAUGAGGUUCAUCUGCUCAACGAGGACAAACGAGGGCCUAUUCUCGAAGCGGUUGUGUCGCGUAUGAAAACUACUCGACUGAAAUUGAACCAGCAGAAUGAUUCGACCGAUCGAAUUAGAUUUAUUGCAGUGUCGGCAACCAUUCCCAACAUUGAUGAUCUGGCAUCAUGGUUGGACGACAAGGAUAAUACAAUUUGCCAUAAAGUGUCUGAGGACUUACGCCCCGUCAAAUUGGAACGGCACGUUCUUGGCUAUCCGUAUUACAAUUCAACGCCGUUUCGUUUUGACAUGAGCCUCACAUACAAGCUUCCACCAAUCAUCGAGAAAUACUCGAACAAUAAGCCCGCCCUGAUCUUCUGCAAUUCACGGCGUAGUGCUGAAAUGGGUGCAACAACCAUCAUCGACAAGGUACGAUUGAAUUUGUCCGACGAACAACGGCAAAAAAUACUGACAUUAUCCAGUCAAAUUGAAGACGUAAAACUGCGUAAGACGGUAUCGAGUGGGGUCGCUUUCCACCAUGCUGGUUUAUGCGUCAGCGAUAAGAAAUUGAUUGAGGAAUACUUUCGGUCGGCGUCGCUACCAAUUCUCUUUUCAACAAAUACAUUGGCCAUGGGAGUCAAUUUACCCGCAUACCUGACCGUUAUCAAAUCGACAGAGAUGCUGGUGUCUGGAGCCGUUCAUGAACUGUCAGAGGCUGUUGUUUUACAAAUGAUCGGUAGAGCUGGCCGACCGCAGUUCGAUGAUCAUGGCGUUGCUGUUAUUAUGACUCAAAGUACCAAAGUGAACAAGUACGAGAGUUUGAUCAGUGGCACUGCACCAAUCGAAUCCCAUCUACAUAACCAUUUAAUCGAGCAUUUGAAUUCGGAAAUCGUUUCGCAGACCAUGUCCAAUAUGGAUUUGGUGGCCCAUUGGAUUCGCUCGUCUUAUUUGUACAUUAGAGCGAUUAAGAAACCGCUACAUUAUGGUUUCCCGGCGAAUGCAACGGUCGAAACGGUAGAACAGAGGUUGCAAGAACUGUGCGUAACAGCCAUAGAAGAGCUGAAAAAAUAUGGUCUGGUGAUAGAAACGAAUUCUUCGUUGAGGGCUACUCAACUUGGUCGACUGAUGGCACAUUUUUACUUGAACUUUGAAACUAUGAAACAUUUCACAACGAUCACAGGCACAGAGAAUGUACAGGAAAUUUUCGGGACACUGAUCACGUGCCCUGAUUUUUCCAAUGGAUACCAUCUUCGAAUGAAUGACAAAAAAUUCUUGAACGCUUUGAACAAAAGCUCACCAGAAAACGAUUGCAUUCGGUUCCCCAUUCAGGGAAAAGUAAAGACUGUCACCGACAAAAUUUCAUGCUUGAUGCAAGCUGUAUUAGGUAAUAUUCCCGUCAACGACUCGUCUAUUACCGAAGAAGCUUCUCAACUGAUCAAACUCGGUCAACGGAUCGGACGUGCAUUACAGGAGUAUAUUGCUAUUUUGGAUACAAAGAAUAACUUUUCUGCGUUAACAUCGAUUCUGCUGUUGCUGAAGGGUCUUCACGCUAAUUUAUGGGAAAAUUCAACGUACGUGUUCAAGCAAUUCAAUAAAAUUGGUCACGUUUAUUCAAAGGUUCUAGCUACGAACGGAAAAACUACCUUCGAGUCCAUUUUAAACUCGACACCGAGCGACAUUGAAAUGAUCUUGAAAAAACGCCCACCUUUCGGAAAGGACUUUCUCGAUGGCGUCAUAAUUCUACCACAAUUUACCUUAAAUGUAAAUGUGAAACGAGAGGAGAAACAAAUUUAUAUCGUUGUCGAACAGGUUAAUCCGAAAUUCGUGUGUGAUUCAUCGAGUAGAGGGAUUACACUUAUCGUCGGUGAUUCGACAAAUGAGACACUGUUCGUGGACCAUCGAGUGCAGUACUUUUUGGGUAAAUACGGAAAAUUUGAACGGUCUUUUUCUCUCAAAAAUCCUUCAGCGUCUACAGUUACUGCUCAUUUGAUUCACAAUGGAAUUGUUGGUUUGGACAAAUCGGAAACCAUUAAUUUGCGCCCAGAUGAACGAUCAUUGCCAAUUCAAGUACCCGAACCCAUUCAGACUACAGCACCCAUUUUGGUUUCAGCACCGAAAAGAAAAUCUGCUGAGAAGCCUCAGACUAAACGUCAGACUAAGCAACGGAAAAUUUCCGACUACCUGGCACCUCCGAAUAGUACUCCGAAACAAGCCCAAAAACGUAAAGCCAACACCAAAUCAAAUGGAAAGAAGGCGAAAAGUAGCCAGGAUGAAUGCGACAGACAAAUGGCAUUGAUGGAAAAUGAUGGUAUUGGCGUUAUCGACUUGACUGAAGUCAACAAUCCACCGGAUGCAGUCGACACAUCCAACGAUAUAACAGAAUACAAUCGAGCGGUCGGGAAUAAUCGAAUUACUACCAACACAAAACAGAGCGCGAUUGAUUUUCUACAAAAAUUUAAAAUGCCCACGAAGGGAGUCUUCAAGUUUGUACAACCGCCAAAGACAUUACAAAAUUUAAGCCAGGUCCAGCGUGAGGAUAGCAGUUUGUGUGUGAGUGACGCUACAGUUGGUGGAAGCGAAGAUUUGUUGAGUCCGAUAUCAGACUUACCGGGGAAUCAGUUGCCAGCGAUACAUAAUGUUCGGAGUAAUUCGUUCCCAAAAGCGAUGGUCAAUGACCGCAGCAGACAAGAAGUAAAUGAAGCUGAUUGUUCCUCGGAUACACGAAAUAGAACCAAAAGCACGAACCUCCAAGAUGAGCCCAAAACAAUUGAAAGUAACGACGACAAUAAAAACGUUUAUGUGCCCAGCUGCAUCAAGGCCAUGUUCGGAAGCCAAAGUCAAACGAUUCCAUCACGAGUUCAAAUACAGUCGGAGAAAACUAUGCCCAAAAAGAAGGACAUUAAUUUCAGUUACAAUCAUCUCUUGAAACCAAUCGAAAAGACUGUAACUUCUCCGAAUUCCCAAAAUUAUUCAUUGUGCGAUGUUAUUGAAGAACAACAUAAAUUGCACCGAACGCCAGCGACCCGACAAUCUCCAGCAUUUCCUUUCCACGACUUUUACAUACACAAUUUUUCUGCUGCAAAAGAAUUGGAAAGAAUUGACCGAAUUAGCCACGCAAGCAAGGACGUCAGUGUUAAUGAAGGAUUUUUCUUCUCGCUGGAAUAUGACGCACUCCCAUCAUCAUACGAAUUUCUUACCGAAACGACUCAAACAAAGGAUCAACCGAUGCGUCCCUUGCAACCGACAAAGAUAACCGGCAAAACAACGCCAAUGACAUUGAACGAACAUAAGUACUCGAAACAGAGCUACUUUCAUAAAAAAUUGCAGAUGCCACAAUUAUCCACAGCUGGUCCAUCCACUCAUCAUCCCCCACUGAAGGUCGCUCCGCAGGUCCCACAAAGUCCGUUUUUGCCGCAAUAUUACAGCUACUCGAAAGGAGUAUCAAAAGUAUCUGGUGGAGAAAGUCGUUCAUUUUUCACAGAACCGACCGAUCCUUUCAUGAAUGAUGACUGGUUUGAAUCGACGAGUCGACGAUCUCAACAAAAACCAACGUCCUCUAUAUUUUCUCAAAUUGACUAUGGUUCUUCAUCCCAUCAGGGGGGUUUCAUUCCGUCCCAGUCGAGAUUUCAUUGGUAGCAACGAAAUGGGUGAACUUAAAAUGUUUGUUUUUUGUUUCUGUUAAUUUUUCAUUUUUUUUUUCAUCCAGACUGUAAGCUUAUAUGCUGGCUGUUGUGUAUUUUGAUAAAACUGAAUUAUUGCUGGAAAAUAAUUUGCAAAAUAAAUUUUAUUUUGGAAAAAUGAUGUUCUCUCGGCUUGAUAUGGUAACUAUAGUUGAUGUUCACCAAUUGUUUUACGGAAUUCU